GUAUCUUUUCCUUUUACCACAGCCACUGGAGUGGUAGCAGAGACUCAGCAACAGAGGCAGAGCGGGAAAAUGCCUCUCCUAUCAACUUUCCCAACAUCCUUCAGUAACUACUCUACAAUGAACCUUAAUCCCGUCUUUCACCCUUCCUUCUCUCAAAACCCUAUCCCUAACUCUUACUUCCCUCCACACUCCAUCUCCUCUUCUCCUCUAGUCCCUAACCUUACCCUGAAACGUCUCCCUUUAUUCACUGUCUCAGCAACCUCAGACCCAAACCGAGACCCUAAUUCCAAGCCUAAGACUAAACGUCGCCGUCCAAAAAGAGAAAUUCCUGAUGACCAAGUUGUUGAGAAUUCCAGCGAAAUCUUCCCUACAACGAAGCCUCGGAAGCCGAGGCGUGGCAGGAGGAGCGAAGCAUCCGCAGUUGAGGAUUUCGUUCGUGACUCACUGGAACGAACUUUUGCGUCCAUCAAACAGAAAAAUUCGGAAGCUUUUGGGGAUAAGAAAGUUUUUAAGGAUAGAGUAGAAGAAGAAGAAAAAGAUGAUGAUGAUGAUGAUGACGAUGAUAAGGAUGAUAAUGUAAGAGGGAAGACGGUGGUUGUUGAGGAAGACAACCCAGAUUGGCCAUUGGAUGCGGAUGUCGGGUGGGGGAUUCGAGCUUCUGAGUACUUUGAGAAGCAUCCGAUUAGGAAUGUGGUUGCAGAGGAUGGUGUUGAGAUUGACUGGGAAGGAGAGAUUGAUGAUACCUGGGUAAAAGAGAUCAAUUGCUUGGAAUGGGAGAGCUUCGCGUUCCAUCCUAGCCCUCUGAUUGUUCUCGUUUUUGAAAGAUACAACAGGGCAACAGAUAACUGGAAGCUCUUGAAGGAGCUAGAGAAUGCAAUCAAGGUCUAUUGGAAAGCAAAAGACCGAUUACCUCCUCGGGCAGUUAAGAUUGAUAUCAACAUUGAGAGAGACUUGGCUUAUGCCCUAAAAGUUCGAGAAUGUCCACAACUAUUAUUCCUACGAGGAAACAAAAUCUUGUACCGUGAGAAAGAUAUUCGAACAGUGGAUGAGUUGGUUCAUAUGAUUGCUCAUUUCUAUUAUAAUGCAAAGAAGCCUUCAUGGAUAGUUGAUGCAUAUUUGGCUCCACCAUAUUAGUUUUUGUGAUUCAGUCCGAGUUAAUAUGCCUCCAAUAGUUGAUAACGAGGAUGUAGCUGUGACGGAUGCAGCAGAUUUAUCUUAACUGAUCGAGCAGUUAAGAUAAUCGCACCACCAGCCAGAUGCUUGACUGAUGUAGUUCAAGAGAAUAAAAGGGCAGCAGCAAACCAGGCCAUCAAAUGGGACCAAGAAUGGACUACUACGUGUGAUUGAGUGUCAAAUAGGUUGUAUAGGCCAUGGGCUUUAUAUUUUUUGGGUUUACUUUUGUAAUGGGCCAAUUCUAUAAGCCUAAAUAUUAGGGAUUUAGGUUCUAUAUGGAUUAAGUAGUUAGUUUCUAUUUUCUGUUUCUUAGUCAUUAAGAAUAUUAGGAUUCUAUUUCCUUGUAAUUUUGAUUUAGUUUGCAAUUUUGUAAUUCUCUCUAUUAGCCAAGGAGAGUUUCUAUUUUUUGUAACAUGGCAAUUUAUAAAUAAAGGAGGCAGUUCCUAGCUCCAACGAUUUGAUAGCCA